GGGAGGCUGAAGAUGGGGAUGAAGACAAGUUGCAGCCAGUGGAGGAGGAAAUGUUUGCUGAAACAGCACUAGUUACUGGGGCAAAUGGAAAUCCAGAAUAUUCAGCAGAGCUGGAUGAUAAUGGGUCAGAUACUGAGGGUGAGGUUUGAACUUUGUCAUACACUGGCCAGGGGUUCUCUGUAAGACUAACUCAUUUUUUAAAAAUUCAUGAUCACAGUUUCAGUUUAUCUACAUUUCCAGAUAGUACAGGGUGGUGGGAUAUUUUUUCCCCAUUAAAAGUACUAAAGCCAAUUAAUGAAAAUGUUAUUGGGAUAAAGAUCAUUCAAGUAUGUUUAGUGUGAUUAUUUUCCCCUUACUAUUAUGGGGACAUAUUAUAAAAAGAAAAAAGUGGUCUGUAACUUUUAACCUGAACCAUUUUGACAAAACUCUACUAAUUGCUACAAUAUAAUUUAAUUUAAUUUAUUUUGAUGCACAGCGAAAUUUCAUUAGUGAAUUAUAAUUCAUGGAUAUCUUGUGAAAGUUUCUAUGUAAUAAAAUGAUGGAUUGUGAAUUAAAAAAAACAAAAACAACCACACUUACUAUGCCGUUAAGAUUUUAGAAAACUAUUAACAGUGUAAAACCUUUAUAUGAGAUCUAUUACUUUUUUUUUUACUUUACAGAUGCCAACUAUAGUAAAUCAUGCGUAUAUAAUUUUGAAAUAAAUUACUUUCAACAGAAAAAUACAUUAUUGCACUAAAUUUUUACUUGUUAACACUUUUUAAAAGAUAAAUUUGGAAGAAGUGGUAAUGAGAACUCCCUGGUCAGUUAUUUUCAUUUAUGUGUGACCUAUUUAUAAAAAUAUAACAUUGUAACUUUUUUUAGACCCUAUUUUACUUAUCAUUGUUAGUGUAAAUGUGUAAGUGCUUUAUAAAUUACAGUAAUUGUAUCACAAAACUUUAAAAUUGUCAUGUUCUAGAUUCUCACCUAUAAUGUUAUUUGACUCGUUGCUCUUUGAGCUGUAAAGAAUAAGAAUUUUUUUUUUUUUAAAGAAAAAAAAGGUAAAUUCUUUUUUAAAUUUUUAUAAAAUUUUGAAUUAAAGAAAAAAAAGUGUGGAAAAAAUCUUUAAGUAAAGAUCUAUGCUAUGAGGUAUCACAAUUUUUUUAUAAAAAAAGAAUUCCAAAUUAAAAUUUCUAAUUAAAAUUGACUAAUGAGACUAAAGUUAUCUACCGAAUAUGUAGUUUAUUAAAUGAUUUACUUCACUUUGAUGAUGGCUACAACAAGGCUGUACAGAAUUUAGAAUGGAAUAAAAUAAAGCAGUUAUUAUUAUAUUGUAUAUCAUUUACCCACCAAACAGAUUUAAAUAUUUAAAAUAUAUUUGUGAAAUUACAGUUGCUAGGGAAGAUGUUAAGGAAGAUAAUGAAGAUGGAGAAGAAGAUAAUGAAGCAGGUAUAGAAGAAGGGGAAAGGGAAGAAAAGGAAGAUGAAAAAGAAGAUGAAAAAGAAGAUGAAAAAGAAGAUGAAAAAGAAGAUGAAAAAGAAGAUGAAAAAGAAGAAGAAGAAAAGGAUGAUGGAAAAGAAGAUGGAAAAGACGAAAAUGAAGCAGGAGUGGAAGAAGGUGAAAAGGAAGAAAAAGAAGAUGAAAUAGAAGAUGAAAAAGAAGAAGAAAAAGAUGAUGGAAAAGAAGAUGGAAAAGAAGAAAAUGAAACAGGAGAGGAGGCUAUCAAUGAAGCUGAGGAGUUGGGUAUUAGAGAGGAAGAAAAAUCUGAAAAUUUAAAUGAGGAAACUGAAGAAAAUGUGGCCGAUGAGGAAGAAAAAGCAGAUAAUAUAGGUGAUAAUGAAACAGCUGUAACUGUAGGUGAGGCCUCAAAUCUUUUUUUUGUAGCUACAUAUUAAUAAACCUAUAACCAAAUAUUUUAGUUCACCUUUUAGUGCGAUUGAUUGUAGUUCGAUGUGUAUUUAUUAAAACUUUUCAUCACAUUUUUUUGGUAUCCAUUUCAUUUACAGCUUGUAAAUAUAUAUAAUGCAUACUUGAUAUUUCAGCUUUCACUUAAAUAAUAGGCUACGUUACUUAGAUUUUGGCUAUUUUUAACAACAGCUUUGAAAAAAUAUAAGGAAUCUAAUAACUGCUUAGAGUCAACUAACAAUUCAUAAAUGAUCAACUCUUACGCACCAGGUUAAAAGAGUUAUAUUUAUAUACAUGCUUGUGUAUUGACAUAUUGUUAUACUCAUGAUUUUAGCUUUUUAUUUUCCUUCAAAUUAAACUAAUCAGAAAAAAAAUGAUCAUUUUUCUGGCUGCUACAGCUAUACUAAAGUGUAUUUUUGAAUUUUAUAAUUCCUUGAUGCAAAUGUCAUUUCUAUUCCAACCUAAAACCCUCUGCAAAUUUUAAGAAUCGCUCCAGAUUUAUUCUUCAGAAAAAAAGGCUCAAAACAUGUGUGAAAAUAUGUAUAUUAUUUAUUCAAUAAUUUUUACUUUUAAUAUUAUUAAUGGGGUCAGAAUAGAAGUAAUGAAAAAAAAUGUUUUCCAACAUGCAGCCUGAUAGGAUUGUGGUGUGAUUGUUUGGUAAGGAAACUGCUUAUUCAAAUAUACAUUUAUAAUUCUAAACAGCUGAACAGUGAUCAAUAUGUUUUAUAAGGCUCACAAGUUUUAGUGAUUUCAUAUUUUUAAAUGUCACUUAUAAAUUUAAUUUAUUAUAUUUUGGUUAAAUUAUAUAUACUUUGAUUAAAUUUCAUUAAAAAUACUUAUUUUAAAUCUGCAAAUCUCUCACAGUUAUACGGUUAUAAAAUACAUUUAUUAAGUCUAUAUUAAAUGUUCUUUAGUAGUUUGACAACUGUUGAGCUAAAAAUAUUUCAUAAUCAGAUGUUAAUGAAAUUCACAAAUUGCAAGAGACUGAUGGCCAUUUCAUUUACUGUGACAUGCUCUUUUAACAGACAGCCCAUUAUACAUUAUACAAGAAGCAACUGAUGUAUGAUGCUGGGUAAAGCAUUUAACUGAUGAAAACAUUGAAACUUAAGGUGUGGAAACAAACAUGAGAUCAGGAAGAGAAUGAUAGAUGACUUUAUGUGGAAAUUAAGAUGUAAAUUAUAAUUAUGAAGACUCUUGGAAGUGAUGAAUGGAGUUUCAUUUAAUGAGAAUAAUAACAGUGCUACAUCUGUAAAUAUAUUACAUUUAAGUAUUUAAACAAUUUUCCAGUUAAAAUGAUAGAGAACAUUUUCCAGUCAUGUUAUUAAAUAUUGUUAUUAAAUCUUGUUAUUGAAACGUGUAUUCUUGUUUUUGAAUGUUGUUAUCAAAUCAAAUAUUUAAACAAAUAUAUGUACUUAUAUGCCAAAAUGAGAAAGUUUUUUGAUGAAAAAAUUGUAUUUAUUAAUACUUAUUAACAAAACAAAAAUUCAAUUUAAGAAAUAAUAAAUAUGUACAAAUUAAUUAUACAUUUACUAAUAAAUUUUUUAAGGUUUUAAAUUUAAUGUUUUUUCUAUUUAUUGCGUCUUAUGUCUAAUUCUUUAUACAAUUCAUGAAGUAUGUUCAAAUUGAAUAUUGAUUUAAAUCCUAGUUGAUUUUAUCUAUAUCCAAACCACUCUUGUCAAAAAUGAUUUUUUGUCCAUUUCCAAAUGUUAAUUCUUGCAGCAGAUAUAAAUUUCUAUUGUCAAAAUACUUUUUCAAUUUUAAUGAAUUGUGUGAUAUUUAUUUUAUUUUUUUAAAAUCUACACAAAUUUAAAGUGCCCAUAUACUGAGUCAAUUUUUUUACAAAGAUUUACUUGCACUAUUGACAGAACAUAAACAUAAAUGACUGUUCAAAUAAUGUUUAAUUUGUUUUUACAUUUUGAAUUCCAUAUUUGAAUUUUAUUUUUGACUUCUCACCUUUGCUUUCUCAAAUCCUUUAAAAGUACAAUUGGGUAUUUAUUUACCAUUGAGUUGGUUUAUUUUUAAACUCUUUCAAAUAAUAAAGGGAACAUAUUUGAAAGUUAAAUGGAAUAUUUUGUUGACACUCACUUAUUAUUCUAAUUGACGGGGCCACCCAUAAAGACAAAACAUCUCUAGAGGGGAUUUGGAGGGGUGGGUGGUCACAAAUUUGUGAUUUGUGAUGUGGGUUAAAAGUUUCUAUUUUUUUAAAAACAAAUUUGUGAUAGUAAAAUAAGUGCGGGGGGGGGGGAAGGCCACCAAAAUUGCAUGAUGUCAUUUAUAGAUGGCUCUGAAGAAAAAAUAACUGUAACCCCAAAAUACAAACAUAUUAACUAAAUAUAUAUAAUUAAAACAAAUUUGUGAUAGUAAAAUAAGUGCGGGGGGGGGGGGGAAGGCCACCAAAAUUGCAUGAUGUCAUUUAUAGAUGGCUCUGAAGAAAAAAUAACUGUAACCCCGAAAUACAAACAUAUUCACUAUAUAUAUAUAAUGUAUAUUAUAUUUGUGUGACCUUAAUUAUUAACACAAUAUAUUAAUAAAGAUGUACUUUUUGAUAAACUAACAUUUUUUUAUUCCUUAAUUUGAGUAGUUCAGUUUGCUUGGCUUUAACAAAAAUAAUUUCUUGUCUAUGCUUGCUAUUGUGUGUAGAUAGAUCAGAUGAACAGAGAAAAUAUUAUCAUUUUUGGAGAGCUUAACAUAUGAAAUCAGUCUUAUCAUAUAAUUUAAUGAAACUUGAAUAUUUACUUUUAGCAAUCUGAUCCUGAACAAUCCAUAUUCAUGUAAUAAGAAAUAAAAUUAAUUGUUCUGUUCCAAAUUUAAAAAACAAACUAACAUAACUUAAAAGCUUUAAAUUUAUGGAUCAAGACGGUGAAAUUGAGUUAAAUUGUUUAAUCCAUAUGAUGAAUUUAAAACUAAAUGUCUAGAGCUUGGUGUAAAUUUCAAUAUUGAUCCACACAACAUAAUAUAAAAGAACUUAGGAAGGCAUAAACAGGUGUUAAUUUAAAUUUUGUUUAUACUAUAAAUAUUUUACAAUUUAAUGUGUGUGUUUUCUAUAAUUUAUAGAAAACACACACAUUAAAUUUUAAAAUAUUUUAAAAUUAUGAUUAACAACAUACACAUUAGAAAAAAAUAACACAUUUUAAAAAAUACAGAUUUUAUAUACUGAAAUGUUAAAUUUAAUAACAAUAAUAUCUAUAUUAAAGAAAAAUUACUCUUUAAAUCUUUAGAUUAAAAAGACAGAAUUAACAAACAAUGGUUCAAAUGGUAAUUUAGUGAUAACCAAAAGAUCUAUGCUGGCAGCUCAUUAACAGAAAACUAUGAAGCUAUUUUUCAAUUGGCACAAAACAAAACAAAAAAUCUUUAAUCUCUAUCAGUCAUACCUUUUCAUCCUCUUUAUAGUUAAAAAUAUUAAUUUGUGAAUUGUUAUAAUUCAAUGAGUUUUACUGCUUACAUUGGUAAGUACAACACAAAUAUUAAAAUAGAUUGACAGCCUUUAGGCAUAGGCAUCUUAACCUUUAAACAAUAUGCAAAUAAUUCAUGCCACUUUGAAAGUAAUAUAUUAUUUAAACAAUAUUUUUAAAUUACAAAUAUUUAGAGAGAAAGCACACAAAUCUGUCCAACUAAACAAAUUACGGUAUAACUAUGGUGAGUGGACAAGAGGAAGCUAUCAGAGAGGGGAACAAUCUUAAUAAGGAAUUCGUUACUAACAAGGGUUAAUUUCAUUAUAUGCUGUGAUAAAAAGGGUAAAUUAUGCUGAAAUGAAGUGUUCCAAAAUAACUAUUAUAUUUCUUUGUUCUUAGACAUCAAGAAAAUCCCAGUUGUGUUUGUCAUUGGUAAGUGUUGUGAAGACUUUGUCACAUUUGAUAAAUAUUUUAAAACAAGAAAUGGGAAGAAAUAACCGUGUGCCUGACUGCAAACAUCAGGUCAAUGGAAUAAUUAUGCUGAUCCACAUCUUUAAUUUUUAUCACACAAAAAAGUCAUGAGCCUCCAUAAAUUACUUAAAGAGCCUUUUUAUAUUAUUUUUACUUGUAACAAGAAUUACUAUUAAUUAAAAUUACUUAUAUUUAUGCAUAUUGCACUAAAAAUUUCAUGAUGAGAUAUUGUUAAUAUAAAUCUAACAAUUUAUGUUCAGGUGGCCCGGGCAGUGGUAAGGGCACACAGUGUGAAAAAAUCGUUAAGAAAUAUGGGUUCACCCACCUUUCUUCUGGAGACCUUUUGAGGGCAGAGGUAGCCUCUGGAUCUGAGAGGGGUCAAAAGCUGACAGAGAUUAUGGAGAAAGGCGAACUUGUUCCAUUGGUAAAAUUAAUUAAUUAUUGGUAGAAACUAUUUCUCUUACUGCUUUCAAUGAAGACAGAAUUAUCACAUAAGUUUUUACUUUUUAAACCAGAGUCAUGCUUUAAACAUAUUCCACUACCUAAAACAAAAAUCGUUUUUAUUUCAUUUGAUUUAAAAUAAUUAUAUUUAUUUCAUUUCUUGAAUACAUUUUUUAAUUAUGUAAAUGAUAAAAAAACAACAUAUAUAUAUAUAUAUAUAUAUAUAUAUAUAUAUCUGCAAUAUCAGAUGCCUGAAUUUAGAGUUCUUAAAGUUUUGUUACACUAAUUCUGACAAGAUGAUAUAAUAGAAUUUAUACUAAAGACAUUUCUUGACCAUAGUAGUAACAAGUGAGCAUUGUCUUCAUUUGCAGGACACUGUGUUAAGUCUGAUGAAAGAAGCCAUGCAAUCCAAGGCAGCCACCAGCAAAGGUUUCCUUAUUGAUGGAUAUCCCAGAGAACUGGAGCAAGGAGUCCGAUUUGAGAAAGAGGUCAAUUUUUUUAAUUAGGGCGUCACUUUGGGAUAUCUUUAUCUGAUAUAAAUCUGUGUUUUAAAAGUCAUUUAUGUAAAAUUCAUUUUAUCCGUCCAGCAAAAAUUGCCAAUGCAUUCCAAACUAUUUGUGCUGGGCUGGCUUUCUUUCAAUGUUAUCUUUGUAUUUUUCUUCCAGGUUGCCCCAGCCAAGUUUGUUCUGUGUUUUAACGUGUCAGAUGAAACAAUGACACAAAGACUGCUGGGACGUGCCAUAACCAGCGGGCGAGUUGACGAUAAUGAAGAAACCAUCAAAAAGAGGCUUAAGACUUUCCAUGAUGUUACCCAGCCUGUAAUUGAUCAUUAUAAUAGCAAGGGCAAGGUCAAGAUGGUGUGUGAUCAAGAUUUACUUUGAAUUAAAAUAGAGUAUAAUGAAUUAGUUACAUUUUAAUUAAAUAUUUCUGAACCAUUUAGGGUCUGCAUAAACCUCUGGCACACAAGAGCCAAACAAAGGUUUUAUUUCAUUUUGUCUAUGUUUUUUUUAAACAGUUGGAAAAAUAGAUACAUCUGGAUUUAGUAAUCUGGAUAAUUACAUUAAGUGCUUAGCUCUUAUUUAAUGUUAAAAGAUGAUAUAAAUUUUUUAUUAUACAUUUUAAAACAGUCCAUCUAAAUGCUCUCAAAUGGCUUUUAUAUGAAUGUAUCUUUUUCAGAUUGAGGCAGAAGGCAGCGCUGACAGCAUUUUCGAAAUGGUUGAUAAAGUUUUUGAGGAAGAAGGAAUUUCACCAUCUAAAGGUAAAUAAUGAAGGAAGUCAUCUAAUGGAGCUCGACAAAGAAAAAAGGGGCAAAUUUAAAUAGCUCUAGAUGCUGAUGUUACCACAUAAUGACUGAAAUACAAUUUUUCACACCAAAUAUUUAAAAUAUUCUAAUGUGAUUUUACUCAUUAGGGAAACGAUUUUUUUUGCGUUGAUUUCAUAAACCCCCUCAAAUGGUUGUAGAAAUAACAUACCUGCUAAAAAAAUGAUGUAAUUGUUAUAGUCAUAAAAAUAAUAUUUUGACCGAAUCGUCAUUUUAAAUAGAGAUGUAAGCUAUUCAUAAAUGUAAUUUUGAAAACAUAUAAACAAUAGAUUUCAGUUUCUACAAAAUGCAAAGUAUUUUAUCCUGUGAUAUGUUACAGAACCAUGAAAAAUAUAGAAGUUUUAAUUUAUUACAUUGUAUUUGAUCAGAUGAUACAUUUAAAUGGGGCUGUGUUCCACCCAAUAAAUUUAGUGAAAGUUUUUAUAUAUCUAUAUUUUUUUUAAAGUCUAAAAUAGUGCUUUUACUAGAUAUUUUUUCAUCAAUCCAAGCCAAUCAUUGUCAUAAAUUAUUAGUUCACAUGACAAGAAACUCUCUAAACAUAGUAAAUGUAAGCUGCCAUGAAUUCAAAGUUUAAAAAUAUGUUACUGGAAGUUGACAAGCAUCUCUUUGAUAAAUAAUUCAUUGCCACUGAAAUAUUUUCAUGUCUAUAUUAAAUUUCAUGUCAAGCAAUAAAUGUGAAUAGAAAGCUAAAAUUAUAAACUUUGUUUCCGUUUUUCUAUAUAAUUACAACUAUUUAUUUUUACACUUUUGUAAUUAUUUUUUUAUUAUUAUUUAAUGUUUUCAAAAGUUUAUUCAAGUGUAAGUCUUAAUAAUACUGAAGCUUGAUUGUUACUUUUUACUUUGUCUUUUACUUCUUGUUAUAUGCUUUGGAAAGUAAAAAAAAAAAUUAGAUUGUAUUUUUAAUAAUUUGACAAAUUUAAGCAUCACUGGCAUCAGAUUCAAUGUUUAUCACCUUUAAAUUAUUUUAGAUUUUUUGAUGGUUCUAAAAAGUACUUCUCAUCUUACAUUGUUGAUUUGUUUUCAAUUAAGCAAAUAAUUAUUUUUUUAAAAAUUAUUGCAUUUCUUUCAAACAAUGGAUAUAUUUUAUAAACAAUAUUAAGUGAUAUUCAGCUAUUAACAGUUAGUUGUGUAAUUUCAAAUAUAAAAAAUAACAUUAAAAAAAAAGUGAAUUAUAGCUCUUAAAAAUAGUGUUAUUCAUAGAAAAAAAAGUUAGUUGAAAUGACUGAAAAUUGAGUGAUGUGGCCAUAUAUAAUUAAGUUAUAAAAAAAAAAAGUGAUGCAUUUUUGCUUACUUCACAGACUGCUUUGGAAAGGUUAUAUUUGUUGUGGGUAAGUUUAAACAUGUUUUAAUUAUUUCAUUAUAGGAUUGUAUAAAGUUUGAAGUGUACAUCAAAGGUUUGAUGUUACUAAGUGAUAAAAGCCUAAUAUGAGCACAAAAAAGGAGAAGAAAACAAAGUUUGAAAGUUACUAAAAUCUAACAGGCCUAUAGUCUUAACAAUAAAUUUAAAUGUGCAAUAAGGUACUAAUUUCAUUAUAAAAAAAUUGUCAUAUACAAGUUCUUCUUUGAAAAUGAAUGCCUAAAUGAGAAUGUAUAAUGGUUUUGAAAAAAAAUGUUUGAAGGGUAUUUCAAAUUAUAUAAGGAAUAGCUUAAUUCCAAGUGUCAAUGUUCCCAUGGCUUGACAUAUAUUUUUUUUCAUCAUCCAGGUGGGCCUGGAAGUGGAAAGGGAACUCAGUGUGACCUCAUUGUGAAAAAAUAUGGCUACACUCACUUGUCCUCUGGUGAUCUGUUGAGAGCAGAAGUUGAGUCAGGAUCAGAACGAGGAAAGAAACUAACAGAAAUCAUGCAGAGAGGGGAAUUAGUCUCACUGGUGAGUCUUGAACCACUUUCAGUAUUAACCUUUUCUUUUAAUAAGUAGCACUAGAAAGACUGAUUAAUUACAGGGAAUACAAAUUGCAAACCUUUUAUCCACCAGGAUACAGUCCUAGAACUUCUGAAAGAGGCCAUGCUGAGGAAAGUUGCAUCAAGCAAAGGCUUUUUGAUCGAUGGCUACCCACGAGAAUUGGAUCAGGGAGUCAGGUUUGAGAAAGAGGUAACUCAAUUUAGGUUUUAAGCCCUGUGCCUUAGCUAAGAGAAUACCUUCAAAAAUAUGUACUCAGCUCACUUAAAAAGAGUGUAAAGAAUGGCUAGCUGCAUUCAAAAGUAAAAAAAAGCAAAAAAGUAAUUUUAAAAACAAUGGAAUAUUUAUAAAAGUUGAGAUGAUAUCAGAAUCGAACACACUUUUAAACUGUUACAUUUCUGAUCUAACAAUAAUAAGAAUAACAUGGGGGAUUUUUCUCACUUGCUGUGUGUUCCUUCUUUCCCUACAUAUAGAUCUGCAGUCCACAAUUUGUCUUAUACUUCGAAGUGUCUGAUGAAACCAUGACUAAACGACUGCUGGGCCGUGCUGAGACCAGUGGAAGAGCUGAUGACAAUGCUGAGACGAUCAAAAAAAGGCUGGUCACCUUCCAUGACAUCACCCGUCCUGUGAUCGACCAUUACACAAAACAGCAGAAAGUCAAAAGAGUAAGCUUAUAUAUAAUUUUUUCUAUAGAUGAUUGUUAAGUUAAGAAAGCUUUUCAUAAGUUUAACCUUUAGAUCUGAAUCUAAAAAAAGGUCUAAAGGCUCAUAUAAUUCCACUUGCUCAUAUGCAUAUUUGUUAUGCAUUUCACACAAAUUAAUUUCUGUUUUUUUUUUUUUAGACAAAGCAAUCUUUUGAUGAAACAUUUUAAAAGAAAGACAAACAAAAAACAAGAUUUAUUUUUUUGGUCUUUGUUUCAACUGGUUUUUACUUUGGAAUUUGAAUAUUUUCAAAAUCAUAUGUAUUUUAUUUGUGACUCUUUUACCUUCCAAGCUGAGAUAAAUGCAUAUAUAUAUUAUAUAUAUAUAUAUCUUUAGACCAGUUUUAAUAUGAUGAUGUUUUCCAUUGGCAUUUUAUUUCAAACUGGCAUCUAAUGAUGGCUCUAUAAACAUGUUUGACAGGUCAGUGCUGAGGGUGGAAAAGAUGAAGUUUUUGCUCAAGUUGAAAAAAUAUUUGAUGAAGCAGCAGGUAUGUCAAUAUUAAUGAAGUAAAUUAAUACAGGAAUGAAACAUGAUAUUGUCAGUUGAAGGACUUUACAGACUCUAUAAAUUUCAAUAUUAUCUUUUAGUACUAUGUGAUUAGCAUUUUUUUUUAGUUCCAGUUUUAUCAUGAAAUCAAUUUGAUAUGAUUAAUUUUACUAAUGGAGGUCACUGGCAAAGUCUAUCUUCAGCUCGAUGAAGGAAAAAUAACUCUUACAAGAAUCAAAGUUUUGAGACCAUGAAAUAAUUUACGGACUCUCUGAGCAUGUUAAAUUAUAUUCUAUUUUCAAAAGUUAAUAAAUGUUGAAUGAAUAUUUAUGAUCGGAUCUUCAUUUUUUAAUCUUAAUUUAAAAAAAAAAAUCAAAAUCUUAAAUCUUUUACCUUCACAGCUACAGAGAAAGCCUUGAAAAAUGCCAAGGUUGUUUUUGUCAUUGGUGAGAUUGUUUUAUUUAUCAUAACUUUUAAAAAUUUUGUCUACACAUUUCCAAUUUGAUUAUCAGUUUUCCUUCUUGAAAUAAGUAAUUCUUGUGAAUUUAUUCCCAAAAGUUGAUUUAAUUUUUUUCCUUCUCUUUGUUGAAGGAAGUUUAUCCAAAAAGAUUUUUUGUGAUUGUGAUUGUAAAUGUAAAAAAAAAAACAACCUGUUUUAAAUAUGACUUACUCACUUAGAUUAUAUGACUGAGAUUUUUCAAACAUAGCGACACAUAUUUAAAUACGUUAUUAAGUUAUUUAUACAAAACUUAAUCAGAGCUUUGUUGUUUUUUUUACUCCAUUUUAGGUGGUCCAGGAAGUGGCAAAGGGACUCAAUGUGCCAAUAUUGUCAAAGAUUAUGGUUUCUGCCAUCUAUCUUCAGGGGACCUUCUGAGGGAUGAAGUCAAGUCUGGAUCAGACAGGGGUCAAAGGUUAAAUGCCAUUAUGGAGAAAGGAGAAUUGGUGCCAAUGGUUAGUCAGUUUGUAGAGAAAUAAAUGGUAGCAAAAUAAGUGAAUUAGGUUUAAGUUGGUGAGUUCAUGCAAAUCAAUAGUUAAACUCUUGAGUUAAAAAAAAUAUUUUUUUUGCAUUUCAUUUGUAAAAUAUGCACCAACACUUAUGUUUGAUAUUUUUUUAUCCCGCUAGUAUUUUUCUUGUAUUCCUCAGGAAGAGGUACUAGGACUUCUAAAAGAUGCUGUAGUCAAUAAUUUAACAAAAACUAGUUGCUUUUUGAUUGAUGGCUAUCCACGGGAGCUGGAGCAGGGGCUGAGAUUUGAGGCUGAGGUGAGAUUUUUUAUUUUUUAUUAUAAUAACUUAAAAUGUAUUCCAGACAAGAUAACUCCAGAGCUGUAUUAAUUUUCACAGGUCGUCUCACAGUUGUUUGUGUUUAUGUAUGUGAAAAACAUUGCAUGAAUUAAAUUAUAAACAGUUUUUUUUUCUAUAAUAUGUGAAGGCCCAUGAUCAAUUUAUUGAUCAUUCUGGCUCCUGGUUUCAAUUCAGAUUUUGCCUUCUCUUAGCUGAGUUGCUGUCCAAGGCUAACAAGUCCCAUCCACCUAUUUUAAUCAGAAAUACAAGUUUAUUUACUAAAUUACUUUUGCAUUUAAAUUUCAUGUUUUUAUCCCUUGUAACUUAUGAAGUCUAAAAUAUUAGCAUAAAAUAAAAAAGUGAACUUUUUUGUUUUGUCAACAGAUUGUGCCUUGCUCAAACGUGAUAUACUUCCAAGUCUCGGAUGCAACGAUGACAUCUCGAUUACUGGAGCGUGGCAAGAAUAGUGGAAGAGUUGAUGACAAUGAGGCUACCAUCAAAAAGAGGCUUUUGACCUUCCAUAACCAGACUAAACCAGUCAUUGAUCACUAUAAAAAGUUAGGAAAAGUCCAAGAGGUUAGUGCUUUUAACUAAAUUUGUUAACUUUUGCUCAACUUCACUAUUUCAAUUCUAUGAUAUAAUAAAUUUUUCACUACUUAAAAUUUUGUGCUUGUGCUAUUUUAAUGUAUAUUGUGUUAGUAGUUCCUAAUUAUUUUCCUUAUUGAAAAAACAUUUUGAUAUUUUCAGAUUUCAGCAGAGAAAGGAAUAGAUGAUGUGUAUGUCGAGGUAAAACAAUUCAUGGACAGCAAGAAAUGGUAAAAGGAGCCUGAGUACUUGAAUAUUCUCUAAUGCUGUGAAAUUCCUCUUUUAAAAAUUAUAGUCAAAUUUUUUGCAUGCUAUUUAUUUUCUUUACAUAUCAUGUUCCACUAUUUAUUUAUUUAAAUUCUAAUCAGGCAAAAAAGUUACAUUUUCUUUUUUAAAUCAACACUUUAUAUUUAUUCAUUUGAAUGUAAUAGGAUUAACAAAUUAAUUUUUAAUUUAAUUGCUGAUUUGGAAUUUUAAAAUUCAAAGAAAAAAAAAUUUCUGUACUUUCAAAAUGAGUACUCUAAAAGUAAUAAUAACAUGACAAGACAAUGUUGUAUCUUGGGAUAAAAUUGUGUCAUAAAUAUCAUAUUUAUUUUGUCUCAUGACUUUAUAGAAUUUUUUAUGUCACUGUAAUCUAUGGCAAAAAUUAGGGUCCACCUUUUGGAUUGAGCACAAAAUAUAUUUCCAUUUUUUUAUAAACACUUAAUUAAGCCAAACUGUUUUAUGUAUCGAUACCUGUUGUCGAAUUUCAAUUCAAGUGUAAUGCUUGGUUUCAAGUGACCUUAACAAUAAACGUACAAGAGCUGUUUGUCAAGCAGCCAAUGCCUUGGGUUGCAAUAGGUAAUUUUUAAACCAGCUUGUAUCUUUGACCCGAUCUCAAUCAACACUUUUAGCCUUAGAAUUUCAAUGUAAGCUUUAAAUUAUUUUAAAAGAUAUAAGAAUAUGAGAAUUCAGGUAUUUAGACUUUAAGUUAAUGAUAAAAAUAUUUCAAUAAGAAUUUCUCAAUUAUCUAAAUCUAAUUACAUUAAUUGAAUACUCAACUUUCAGUUGUAAUUUAAUGGAAAAACUCUUGAGUUGUUCACAUAAUUUUCCUGGAUUUAGUCAUUGUUGCUGUAUAAAAUAAUUUUUUUUUAUAAUUGUAAGAUAUAUGCAAAACAAACAAAAAAUUCAAAUUUUAUUUUGUGAAAGGGUGUAAUGAAGAUUGUAGUUACUUGGUUACCCAAUAAUGAAAAAAACAAAUAUUGAAAUAUGAAUGUACAUAUUGUUUUAGCUGAGAUAUGUAGAGCACUUUUUUUUGUUGUUAUUGUUUUAUACAUUUAUAUUAAAUUAUGUAUGUGUAUAUAGGAAAACUGAAUGAUUUAAAUGGAUACUUAAACUUAAUGGGAAUCUUUGUGAUUUUUAACCCCUUGCAAUCUAUAAUACUGUCCUAAUUUUGUUUGUGGUCAAGCACAGUUGCUGACAAGUAUUUAUUUUAUGACCUAAUAUAUGAAAAAAACAGGAUGAAGACAGGCCCUACACUCACAUAAAAGUAAGUGAUAUCAAACUGCCAAUUUCAAGCAGAACAUAUUUGGAUUUUUCUAUGAGCAUCAUGUUUUAACCUAAGGCAGACAUUACAUUUUUUUUAUGCUUCAUGUGCUUUGUUAGAUUGAACUGUGAGAAGAGGCCUUUGGACACAUAAGAUUGUGAAGGGUUAAUUAUAUAAAAGUUGUUCCCCAAUUUCUGUCAGAUUGUCAAAAAAUAAUUUUAAAAUAUUGACAAACAGUUGGCAUAAAAUCAAAAAAGGUGCUGUAGCUCUGUAAUUGUACAUGAUUGUCUCCCCUGUAUUUCAAACCCUCCGCUCCCAAUAUUCAACCCACAUAAUUAAAACCUUUUUUUAUGUUGAUCUAAUUUAUCUAUAAGCCAAAUGUGUGAUAACUUUUUAAACUUUUACCUAUUACUUUUUCAUUGUGAUCAUUUUUUUAAAACUAAAACUUAUUCAUUACAUUAAAACUGGUCAUUAAAUGGAGCUGUAUUCAGUUACCUUAAAAACACCAACAAUCAUCUUUUGGCUUGUUUCUCUUUUUGAUAAUAGUGUUGGACUGCGAUAAAGCUUUAAAGUAGAUUAAUUAGACACAAACAUUAUGUGUAAAUAAAACAUAUGUUCAACUUUAAUGAUGGUUUUACAAAAU